GCUGCUACCGGGUCAGUGUUAGCCGUGAUCCGCCAGUGUCGUGCAGUGCAGCUCCUAUCUAGCAGUCACACGGCUUGCCAGUCAAACACCAUUGCUCAAGAUUUCGGACAGGGGCGGUGUACGUACCCAGCUCGUCCGCAUCCGUCUGCGCCUGCUCACGCCGGUGCUCUCGUGAUUCGGUAACCGGGAGAAGAUGGCGGACCCGGCGGAGUGCACAAUUAAAGUCGUCUGCCGCUUUAGGCCCUUGAACAGCUCGGAGGUGAAGAGGGGGGACAAGUACAUCGCUAAAUUUCAGGGCGAAGAUAACGUCGUGAUCGGGGGUAAGCCGUAUGCAUUCGACAGAGUUUUCCAGUCCAACACAACUCAGGAGCAGGUGUACAAGGCCUGCGCUCAAGACAUUGUCAAAGAUGUACUCGGAGGAUAUAAUGGAACCAUUUUUGCGUAUGGUCAGACGUCCUCGGGCAAAACGCACACAAUGGAGGGAAAUCUCCAUGACACAGAUGCAAUGGGAAUUAUUCCCAGAAUAGUGCAAGAUAUCUUUAACUACAUUUACUCUAUGGAUGAAAACCUGGAGUUCCACAUUAAAGUGUCAUAUUUUGAAAUAUAUCUGGAUAAGAUUCGGGACCUUUUGGAUGUUUCAAAGACUAAUUUAUCUGUACAUGAAGACAAAAACAGGGUUCCUUAUGUCAAGGGUUGCACUGAACGGUUUGUUUGCAGUCCAGAUGAAGUGAUGGACACUAUUGACGAAGGAAAGUCAAACAGACAUGUGGCAGUGACAAACAUGAAUGAACACAGCUCCAGAAGUCACAGUAUCUUCCUCAUCAAUGUGAAGCAAGAAAACACACAGACGGAACAGAAGCUCAGCGGUAAACUCUACUUGGUUGACCUGGCAGGAAGUGAGAAGGUCAGUAAAACAGGAGCUGAAGGGGCUUUACUGGAUGAAGCCAAAAACAUCAACAAGUCUCUGUCAUCACUGGGCAACGUGAUAUCUGCUUUAGCUGAGAGCUCGACGUACAUUCCAUACAGAGACAGUAAAAUGACGAGGAUCUUGCAGGAUUCACUGGGUGGAAAUUGUAGGACCACCAUCGUCAUUUGCUGUUCACCCUCCUCAUACAAUGAUGCUGAGACCAAAUCCACUCUCAUGUUUGGACAAAGAGCAAAGACCAUUAAGAACACGGUUACCGUCAAUGUGGAGCUGACAGCAGAACAGUGGAAGAAGAAAUACGAACGAGAGAAAGAGAAAAACAAAAGUCUUCGCAAUACCAUCACAUGGCUGGAGAACGAACUGAACCGCUGGAGAAAAGGUGAGACGGUACCUGCAGAAGAGCAGUUUGAUAAGGAGAAGGCAAACGCAGAAGUCUUAGCGCUGGAUAACACUAUUAAUAAUGAUAAAUUUGCAUCCACGCCAAGUAAUCCUCCGAUGCCGGGCCUGCUGGGGGUCCGACUUACUGACGUAGAGAAGGGUAAAUGUGAGGCUGAACUCACCAAACUCUACAAACAGCUUGAUGACAAGGAUGAAGAGAUUAAUCAGCAGUCUCAGCUGGUGGAGAAGCUCAAGCAGCAGAUGUUGGAUCAGGAAGAGCUGCUGGCCUCUUCACGUCGAGACCAUGACAACCGGCAGGUGGAGCUAACACGACUACAAUUGGAGAACGAUGCGUCUAAAGAGGAGGUGAAGGAGGUGCUCCAGGCCCUGGAGGAGCUCGCUGUCAACUAUGACCAGAAGAGCCAGGAGGUGGAGGACAAGUCCAAGGGCUUCGAAGCUCUCAGUGAAGAACUGAACCAGAAGUCUAGCACCCUGGCGUCCAUAGACUCAGAGCUGCAGAAACUGAAGGAAAUGGCCAAUCACCAGAAGAAGAGGGUCACAGAGAUGAUGUCAUCACUGCUUAAAGACUUAACGGAGAUCGGCAUCGCUGUGGGCAACAAUGACAUCAAGCAGCACGAGGGCAGCGGUCUGAUAGACGAAGAGUUCACUGUAGCCAGGCUCUAUAUUAGUAAAAUGAAGUCCGAAGUUAAAUCCAUGGUCAAACGCUGCAAGCAGCUGGAAAACACUCAGUCCGAGGGCAACAAGAAGAUGGAUGAAACUGAGAAGGAGCUGGCGGCGUGUCAGUUACGCAUCCAACAGCAUGAAGCGAAAAUUAAAUCGCUGACAGAGUAUCUGCAGAACGUAGAGCAGAAGAAGAGACAACUGGAGGAAGAUGUGGACUCGCUCAAUGAGGAGCUGGUCAAAAUCAGUGCACAGGAAAAAGUUCAUGCUAUGGAGAAGGAGAGCGAGAUUCAGAGUGCCAAUGAGGUCAAGGAGGCAGUGGAGAAGCAAAUCCAUAAUCACAGAGAAGCUCAUCAAAAACAAAUCAGCAGUUUGAGAGACGACCUGGACACCAAAGAGAAACUCAUCACUGAUCUACAGGAUCUGAAUCAGAAGAUCAUGUUGGAGCACGAGCGUUUGAGGGUUGAACAUGAGAAACUCAAAUCCAAUGACCAAGAGAAGAGCCGCAAGCUAAAUGAGCUCACUGUGAUGCAGGACAGAAGAGAACAGGCCAGGCAAGAUUUGAAAGGCUUGGAGGAGACUGUGGCCAAGGAGCUACAAACUCUACACAACCUCAGGAAAUUGUUUGUACAGGAUCUGGCCACUCGUGUUAAGAAGAGUGCCGAGAUGGAUUCUGAUGAAACUGGUGGCAGUGCUGCUCAGAAACAGAAGAUCUCUUUUCUGGAGAACAAUCUAGAACAACUUACAAAGGUCCACAAACAGCUGGUGCGUGAUAAUGCAGACCUGCGCUGUGAGCUUCCUAAACUGGAGAAGCGUCUGCGGGCGACUGCAGAGCGUGUGAAGGCUCUGGAAUCCGCGCUUAAAGACACCAAAGAGAACUCAGCCCGCGACCGCAAGCGCUACCAGCAGGAGGUGGACCGCAUCAAAGAGGCCGUGAGAGCCAAGAACAUGGCCCGAAGAGGACACUCCGCACAGAUCGCGAAACCCAUCAGGCCUGGACAGCAACCUGUAGCGUCUCCCACUUACCCCAAUUCGAUUCGUGGUGGGGGUGCCAUCCUCUACCAGAACAAUCAGCCAAUGCCCAUUAGAGGAGGCGGAGUCAAACAAGAGAAGAGCUGAAGACGAGUUCAUCGCUCACUACCGAUGAUGCAGAAUGCAAGAAAUCUUCAUGGAAACCUGUCAUUCCAUAACAUAAUCCCUCCCGUUGGCAUCAAUGGGAGGAUUUCUGAGUAUACUUGUUCAUGGCUGUACAGUUCCACUCCCCCAAUCUGUUAUGUUUUCCUCUAAAAUGAAUUAUUUGAUGAAUUUUGCACUCUCGCUCACACACACAUGCACUAUAUAUAUAUAAUAAAUAAAGGAAAUCAAGAAAUAAACGUUAGCAGAAUGAAUAACUAAUGCAGUCCAGAAUGUGUGCAAUCAGCUCUAUCAAUCUGUACUGUUCUUCAGUGGGUUUGCUCCACGUUAGGUUAAACACACCUCAAGGGAAGGUUCUCUUAGGAGUGAACAAAUGAGAACAGACCUCAGCUGCUCCCUGCUCACCUGUAACCUCAGUUUGAACUUCUUCCUGAUGUCUGCAGAGGAAGUCAUUUCUUGCUUGACUAUACGGGUCAGUGUGUCUAGACUGUGAAAAUACCAGAAUAGAAAGUAUGUGAACGUGUUCAUCAAUGUCUAUAUCACUACAACUCGGAUGUACCCACAUGAAGAACCCUAAACAGGUUCAAAUGUCAGGGAGUACAGUUGUAAGAAUAGAGCAGUCAUUCAGAUAUGAAAGCUCUCUGGUUUGAGUUACUUUGAUCUUAUGGAUCUCUUAAUGGGAAGGUGGAGAAACUUCCAGACACGAGUUACCAAACCUCACUCAAUUGGCUAUGGUUGUAUUAAAGAUUUGUUAUCAAUUUAAAAACGUAUGUUUGCAAAAUCAAAUGGUUUCUUAAGAAACAAAUGUUUGAUUAAAGGUUGUCAUGUCCUGCUUUUCACGUAACAGUUUGCCGUAUCAUGUGUCAAAAUCCUCAUUCAUUUAGGAGUAAAUGGAAUGAGAUGCUUGGUUAUUGACAACCGUGGAACUUGUGUGAUGUCACUCCUUGCCUGCGCCGCCUCUGUUACUGAUCAGCCAAUCAGUUUAGCAGAAUAUGUGUGUGGGCUGGCUUAUGGUUCAAACAUUAUGAAUUCAUUCUUCUAGAGGUCGUCUUGUCAAGUUGGAAUGGGAUUUUUAAUUUCAAAUCUUUUGAAUGUAGUUGUUUACACUCCAGAUAUUGGUCAAGAAAGCUUUUGAGAUGUGAAUUGCAGGACACGAUGACCUUUUGCAUUAUUUUCAUGUUUUACACUCUGGGUUUUUUGUCUCUUUUAAGAAUAGGACCAUUAUAAUCACUAUUGCGUUAUUAGUCCUAAAUUCUUUCAAUUUUGUGUGUAAGGAUAAUAAAUUGAUGUUAAUGGGAAAUGCCACAUGUUAAAUUUAACCUAAAAUAAAAAUGACUUUAUUACUGUGUAAUAGUAACUCCAUGAUUGUCAGAAAGGUACUGGUUAAUUCCAAGAGAAAGGUGUUUUGGGGAGAUUCUGGUUUAGGAAAAGGGUAAGAGGGAAUGAAACUUUGAAAACUUUUCUGGUUGGACUGCAUGACGUGUGAUUAAAUCAAUAUUCUGAAA